UUCAUCUCUGCUCUUCUCUCCUCUUUAGCUGAAUCAUUCCGUCCUCAGAUCCGCCCUCGAUCGAUCCAAAACCAACUUCAUUUUUCGAAACUAUUUUUUUUCUAAAAGUAGUUUCCGAUCAAAUCAAAAUCAGUUUGGUUUUUGUUUCGCCAUUGGAGCUGAGUUUUUUUCAAAUAUGGAAAAAACGACGGCGUUUAAAACAGAGGAAGGCGACGGAGGACAGGAGAGAGAAGUAUUGUUGAACUGCAGCAACGGAAGCAACGGCAGCGGCAACGGAAACGGCGAUCACAAACAUAGGCAUAAACCUUCAGCCAGCUUCGGUGGGGACGAGAAGGGGAUUUUUGAAUUUUUCGGAUGGGUGUAUCAUAUUGGAGUCAACUCGAUCGGUCACGAGUAUUGUCAUCUUCGCUUCCUCUUUAUAAAAGGAAAAUACGUUAUGAUGUACAAAAGAGAUCCUCAUGAGAACCCCGGUAUUAAACCUAUUAGGAAGGGUGUUAUUGGACCUACAUUGAUGGUGGAGGAGUUAGGACGGCGGAAAGUCAAUGAUGGGGAUCUUUAUGUCAUACAGUUUUACAAUCGAUUGGAUGAGUCCAAGAAAGGAGAAAUUGCUUGUUCUUCUGCUGGAGAAGCUCGGAAAUGGAUGGAGGCAUUUGACCAUGCCAAGCAACAGGCUGAAUAUGAGCUUUCAAGAGGAGGUAGUACCAGAAACAAGUUAAGCAUGGAGGCUGAUAUUGAUUUGGAACAUCGACCACGAGUAAAGCGGUAUGCACACGGACUAAAGAAACUUAUAAGAAUUGGAAAAGGUCCAGAGAUGCUUUUGCGGCAAACCUCAAGCUUGGGUGGUUAUGGUACAUCAGAUGGAUACUUUGAAGGGCAGUUUGGAGAUGCAAUUGAAGCACAUGAAUGGAAAUGUGUUCGUACGAUCAAUGGUAUUAGAAUCCUUGAGGAUGUGGCUGAUUCUAAGAAUGGAAAAGGUGCCCUUGUAAAAGCUGUUGCUCUUGUAGAUGCAAGUGCAGAUACCGUUUUUGAAGUAAUCUUAAAUCUGGACCGUCGUAAGAGAUAUGAGUGGGAUACGGUGACUGCUGACUUGGAGCUGAUAGAUUCUUAUGAUGGACACUACGAUGUUGUUUAUGGAAUAUAUGAUCCAAAAUAUCUUACUCGAUGGAAAUCCAAGAGAGAUUUUGUCUUCACUAGGCAGUGGUUUCGAGGGCAAGAUGGAACAUACACAAUUUUGCAACUUCCAGCUGUACAUAAGAAGCGACCUUCUAGGUCUGGAUAUCGGCGUACAACAAUUAAUCCAUCUACAUGGGAGAUUAGAAGUUUAAAUGCACCCAUGGGUUCAAACAUUGCAAAAUGUCUUCUAACACAUAUGUUGGAGUUCCAUACUGAAGGAUGGCUUCCAUGGAAGAAAAAUAGCAGCUCAAAGUUUGAAAAUACCAUCCCAUAUGCUUUAUUAUCCCAAGUGUCAGGGUUAAAGGAAUAUAUUGGAGCAAAUCCAUCACUGAGUUUUGAAUCUUCCACCAUGGUUGUCCAGUCAAAACUUUCUGAUGUUUCAACUUCCAAUAGCGACUUUGAGGAUUCAGAUGUGCGGGAUGAAUUCUAUGAUGCAAUUGCUGGUGGUUCUUCUUCAUCUUCAGAAGAUGAAGAGAGUGAGGAUGAUGCAGACAAGAAGGAAAGGAAAAUUAAGCUGAAGAAUGUAUCUUGGGCCAUCUCAAGCUUAGCUUUGAAGCGAGCUUCAGCUCCUGAUGUAAAUAAGGAAUUGGAUCCAAGUGUACCUCCUGUCCAUUUCGAUCCAAGCCAAUUCAAUGGUUCCCUCCCUAAAGGAAAGGAUGAGACUGGCUCAAAUUGUUGGACUUCUCCUAGUGGUAGGGGAUUUAUGAUAAGAGGAAAGACUUACUUAAGAGAUAGUGGCAAGAUCAUGGGUUCAGAUCCCCUUCUCACGCUAAUAGCUGUUGACUGGUUCAAAGUUGAUACACCCACGGAUAAAAUUGCAUUGCAUCCUAGGUGUCUAGUUCAGACAGAUGCUGGAAAAAAGCUUCCAUUUAUCCUUGUGAUUAACCUAGAGGUCCCUGCUAAACCAAACUAUAGUUUGGUCCUUUACUAUGCUUCUGAUAGGCCCGUGAAUAAAAAUUCUUUAUUGGGAAGAUUUGUGGAUGGAACAGAUAUGUUCCGCGAUGCACGAUUUAAACUGAUUCCAAGUAUUGUUGAGGGCUAUUGGAUGGUCAAGCGUGCAGUUGGAACAAAAGCUUGCCUACUUGGGAAAGCUGUUACCUGCAAGUAUUUCAGACAAGACAACUUUCUCGAGAUUGAUGUGGAUAUCGGGUCAUCAUCUGUAGCAAGAAGUGUCAUUGGCCUUGUCCUUGGAUAUGUCACAAGCUUAGUAGUAGAUCUUGCAAUAUUAAUAGAGGCAAAGGAGGAGUCAGAAUUGCCUGAAUACAUUUUGGGCACCGUUCGACUAAAUCGUGUUAAGCCUGAAUCUGCUGUACCACUUAACGAUUGAAGUUAACCACUUUGUUAUAAUCUGGUCUUUAAGCAUCUUGUGGUCGUUGUGAUGAGUAGGCUCGGAUCAUAAACGCUUCCGAUAUGGUAUUAGAUUAUUGUUGAGUUAGCUUCCAAACUAGUAGCAUUUGCAGCCCAAAUUUUCUUUAUUUUUUCAGUUUGCAGCUCACUUUUACGUACAUUAAAAUGAUCAUAUUGGUUGAAGAAACAAAUGGUUUAUUUUGGACAUUAAAGUUUCCCACAAUUUGGGACAUGGUUUGGUUGAAG